AUGAAUAAUCAUCAUGGUUCCAAUUUAGAAGGUAACUUGUUCACCCAGGCUAAGGCAGGGGAUUCGCAACUUUCAUUAGCAGACAGGAAAAUCGCACUGUUGCAGUCUAUUUCUGAUAAGAAAGCGAAACUGAAAUACGACACUAUGCUUGCUGAAAGAAGAGAGCAGGUCAGCGAUGCAAUUGACGAUAUUGUGAGACUCGGUUAUAGCUACGAAAAUGUACUUAAGGAAUCCGGAAUCAAUGCUCAGUUUUUGAGAGACGCAUUCGAAAGCACAGGUCGAACGGUCCCGUUAACGGAGGACAUGGUGAUGGAUGCGCCUGAAGAUACACAUACAAAGAGACCCAAACAGUCAGAUCUGAAGCCCCUCAAUGAUAUCGACAAAGUCAACCUCAUCCGAAAGCACACAACACGUCCCAUUACACGAUCUUGGAAAAAACAGAAAGUAACAGAGGCACGGCCUGAAUGGCUAUCAAAUCUUGUGAUUGAUGUGACAAGCAGUGGAGAUGAUUCAGAACAUGAUCAGCUAAGUCGCAAACCUCUCAUCCCCGCAAGUAAUCGUCCUUCGCCGGAAUACCAGGUUGUGAACGUGAAUUCUGAAGUGAGUAGGAUCAGCAUGCGCUUGAAAAUCGAGAUUUCACGCCUUACACAGCGACUUCGAGCUGCACAAGACCUGCCAAUCGGCGAAGAUCUACUAACGUGUCUCCAAGACAAGAAAAGGACCAUGCAUGACGAUAUCACCCGUUUGUUCGAGGAAAUUGCAGCCAAAUCGAGGCACUGA